AUGUCUUCCCAAUGGUCUAUUCGAUUCCUGAAAACCAAAUACCCUCGACGAUCAAGCCCAAACGAUGUCGUCGACGCUAUCAGGAGGUGGAUUGGGGAGGUAUUUGAGGAGAUUAAUACAUCUGCGCAGAGAAGGGAAGGAGCAGCGCCAAAUGUGAUGAGUUCAGGGACAUUGGUGAUAACUUCAGCUCUUCAUCUCUCUAACAAAACUCACCGAGAUGGAGCACAUCAUAUCGUGCACUGGACGGUUCGGGUGUUCGACUCCGAGGGCUUCUACGUAGGAGGAACUCAUGUGUUCCGACAACAAGCUGCCACAUUCUUGGAUCGCGAUUUAGAAAGCAGGAGAUCGAGGUGGAGGAAUCAAAAAUUAGAAGACGUCCCAUUCGAAGGAAAAGAAACGAUACUCAUAAUAGGCGAUACCCACGACAGUGUUCAAGUCGAUGAACUCAGCGAAUAG